AUGAUCCAACCUUUUCAGUCCGACCUUGUUGGAACUCAGUUCGCGUUCGGUGGUUAUGGCGGCUACAGUAACCCGUCACCGUGAGUUUUUUUAUUUAAAGAAAUGUUUUGAAAUAACAUAGAUUUAGAAAUUCAAAAUUUUAAAAAAAUUUUUAAAAAGUUACAGUAUAUAUUUUAAAAAAUCUUUUAAAAAGCUGAAAAAAGUUACAGUACAUCAUACUUUUUCAAUUUUUCAAUUUUAAACGUUCAGGCACGACUACAAAUCCACCCCUCCUCCAGGAAAACGAGAACGAACCAAGUUCAGCCAAACCCAAAUCAACUGCCUCGAGAACUGGUUCGCUUCGUGCGAGUAUCCUCAAGCUCAGAUGAGGGAGAAGAUUGCUCAAGAGCUUCACUUAACAGACGUCAAAGUACAAGUAAGUAUUACCUAAAAUAUUAUUUUUACAAUUUUUCAAAAAAAUCUUGAAUUUAGGUCCCGACGCGAAAACAUUCAUUGCCAAAGCAUGUUUCGGUAAUAAAAAACAUUUUUUGGUCAAAAAAUAUAAAAUUUUUUGCAAAAUCUUUGGAACUUUAACAAUAAUUAAAACUAAUAAAAUUCAUCACUUUAAUACCCUCAAGCUUAACUCUGCAUACGCAAACAGUACUAUAAUAUAACACACUAAUUAAUCGAUACUAAAACCUUGAUUAAACUAAUUAAUCCAAUUCCAGGUGUGGUUUAAGAACCGGCGAGCCAAGAAGCGACAAAAGAAAAAGUUCGAAGACGAAGUGAUGAAGCGUCGCGAAUCCUCGGAAGAAGCCAACAACAACUCGCUCAGCUCUCUCGUCAACCCCAUAGUCACAUCGGCUGUCAGUGCGGGCUCGGCCAGCAGCGCCAACUCUAUAGAAACGACCGAAGACGACACCAAGUACAUUCCAGGCCUUCAGCAUAACAUAAUGUCGUCGCAGAUCGACCCCCUGCCCGCUGCUUCCAGUAUGCCUAUGUUAGCUCUGACCCCGACCCUAACUGACAUGAGCUCGAUCAAACUCGAGAACUUUGGGAACGAAACCUUGUUAACAGACACCUCGAUGGGUAUCACACCAUCGUUCUCAUCCGUCUCGAAUCCGUUACAGCCGGCUGGCACGCCUGGACUGAAUGGAUCGGCGGUAAAUUGGAUGAACUACCCCAACUUGUUCAACCCCUACUCGACACAGCUAGGCUUCCCUCCCUACUACCAAAGUGCGGCCACUGUCAACCCUUACGACUAUAAUACGUUGGGGACAGCGACGCCGAAUUACUACAUGAACACAUCCCGGUCCGACCUUUCCAAGUUCUAA